AGAAGAGAAGAGAAGAGAAGAGAAGAGAACUUGUGAUGAUGUCAGACUCUCCACCUGCUGAUCUGACAGAUCUUCCGUUUUGUGAUGUCAUGGAUUCCAGGGAAACAUGGAGGAAGCAGCAACACCUGGAGCCGGCAGAAGGAUGGGGUGGUGGCUCCUCCCUGUUCUGGCCCUCGCUGCUUUCCGCCCCACCCAUGCCGAGGAAAGCACCUGCGAUGGAGUCUGCGGAAGGCGUCCCCUGGCGGGCAGCCAUAACCUCCUCCGGGUUGUGGGCGGCAGCAACGUUCUCCCCGGAACGUGGCCCUGGACAGUCAGCUUCCAAAUACUUACUUAUACGGGAUACUUCAGUAUCUGUGGAGGCUCCCUGAUCAGCCCUCGAUGGGUCCUCAGCGCAGCCCACUGCUUUCAGGAACCAAAGGAAAUACCAAAUAUCACUCUGUCGAUUGGUGCCAACCGCAUCUCCGAUCCCGGCCCCGAUGCCCAGAGGCGCUCGAUCAAGAGGCUGCUGAACCACAAGCAAUACGAGCGCUUCUGGAACAAAACCUUCAGCAAAAUACACAACGACAUUUCCUUGGUGGAGCUGAACGAGCCAGUCAACUGCACGGACUACAUUCAGCCAGCCUGCUUGCCAGACGAAAGCGUGGCGGUUUCCAAGCUGGGGCACUGCUACAUCAGCGGUUUUGGCAUCAUGGAUGCGACAACGAAAAAAAUGCCCGACAUCAUGCAGGAGGGGGCUGUUGACAUCAUCCCCAGGGCGACUUGCAGCAGCCCGGACUGGUGGUACCACUAUAUUCUCGAGGAGAACAUCUGUGCUGAAAAUUUGGAAAGAGGCACUACUAUGUGCCAGGGCGACAGCGGCGGCCCCCUCAUGUGCCGGGAGCAGAGGUCUGAACGCUACUGGGUGAUUGGAGUCACAAGCUGGGGACCACCAUUCUGUGGCCAGAAAAAGAAGCCGGGGGUCUACGCCUCCACGCAGUUCUACAUCGACUGGAUCAGGAAGAUGACCAAGGAGGACUUUUCCCCACCCAAAAAACCACCGCUAAUGGCACAGCCCCGGCCUACGCCACGUCCACACCCACCUCCAACGCCACAGCCCCAACCGGGACAAAAUGGGAAUGUGCCAUAUCCCAGGCCCCCUAAAGCAGACGGGGUCACCAGGCCAUGGCCACCCCCCAAGACCACUCCCCAGACCCCUCCUAUGGUCUGGCCCACCACCAGACCUUGGCCACCCCCCAAGACCACCUCCCAGACCCAUCCUGUGGUCUGGCCCACGACCAGACCUUCACCACCCCCCAAGACCACCUCCCAGACCCAUCCUGUGGUCUGGCCCACGACCAGACCUUCACCACCCCACAAGACCACCUCCCAGACCCCUCCUGUGGUCUGGCCCACGACCAGACCUUGGGGACCCCCCAAGACCACCCCCCAGACCCAUCCCAUGUCCUGGUCCACUCCCAGACCCAACUCCCAUCCCACAUGGUGGACCAAAGGAGGGGGUCCCAGGCGCAUUAUAUGGUACAUGCCUCCUGGAACAAGGCCCACAGGACCGGGCGCCUUGACUCCCCCCCAGCGCCCAAUCUGGGGCCUAACGCCUCCUCCGUGGUCCAUGAGGCCAAUAAGGUGGCAUCUGAGGACAAGGGCCAACUUGCAGCAUUGGCAUGGGCAGAUUUACAGGCCGUGGGUCACAAUUCGCACACCCGCAAAAGGGAUUCAGUCCAGGUUGCUGAAUCCGCUGCAAAGGCAAGUUCCGGCGCCACCCGGGAGCCAAGUAGAAGUGGUCCCUAGCUCAGCCGAGGACUAAUAAGGACUGCCAGGCUCGGGUGGCAAUGCCAGGGGUGCCCGUGGGCAUGGUGGGUGGGCUGCCCCUGCCAGAUCUCAGAGCCCACGAUCCGUCCUUUGCUGGUAACAAACUAAAUGCAUCUUCUCCCCAUUUGAUUUUCUUCUUUUUCUAACAUCGCCCAUAAUGGAUCACGUGCGCAAAAUUUAUCUCAUAGCCUUGCCACUGUUUCCUCGGUGUUUUUCAACCUGGCUUGAAUAUGACGUUGCAUCCAAAUGGGGACUUAAUGCUGCAAACAGCUUGUUGGUGACACUUUUUAACAAAAUAAAAAAAUCAAAGUUCUCAAAAUGAAUAAAACCACAAAUGAAUGGAUCAA